AUGAAAUAUCUAUUCAAUAUUAUUUUUUUACAUUUUAUUUUGGCUGAACCUAAAAUCAAUCUUCAUUAUACGAAUUGGAUAAAUGAGAAUGAUAGUAAUAAUGUAUUAAAACAUGAUUGUUUACGCAUUCCUGUUUCGAUUGAUAAGACAAGAAUAAGUCGUGAAAUCAUUUCCUACUGUAUGGAUGAAUUACCAUCGAAAUUUCCUAUUGAAAAUGAUAAAUUUCCAAAAUUUACCUUUGCUGAACUUUCGAAACGCAAAAUUACAAGUCAACAAUUAUAUCUUUGGUCAGCACCGAUUGAUUUGGUUGAACUUUAUCAAUUCUAUUUAAAUCAAUUACCAACAUCAAAUGAUAAGUCUCUCGAGACACAACUUUUCUAUAAUUGUACGUUACCAAUGUUUGGUCCGAUGUGUCAAUAUGAAAUUGAUUAUAAUCCUCAUUUGGAUUCAACUUUAUAUGAUAUUAUUCGUAGACAUUCCCGGGUACCUUUACAUAGCGAAAUUCCCGUAUGUUAUGUUUAUUUACAAUGUAAUCGUGGUCCUUAUCCAGCAUGUCUUAGUUGGCAAGAAAUUUGUGAUGGAAGACUCGACUGCGUCGAUGGAAAAUUCGAUGAAGAACAUUGCUGGCAACUUGAAAUCAAUGAAUGUAAUGAUGAUGAAUUUCGAUGUACGAAUGGGCAGUGUAUACCAAAGUCGUUCUACCGAGAUGAUCCAUAUACUUAUGAUUGUCUUGAUACUUCUGACGAAAUUCAAUUCAGUCUUACAAAGGAUAUCCCAUGUUCAACACUUGCACCAUCAUUCGGAUGUGAAGAGAAAGUACGUUUAUAUUCCCAGUCGCAUAAAGUUUCGGUACUAGAAAUUCCAACUACUCUGAUUAAAGGAUUAUAUUCGGUCAAAGAUGAUUCGAUCUCGGAACAAUGUUGGUUAGCUUUUAACUGUCUCAUUGGAGAAAACUUUCGUUUUCCGUUUCCUAUACCAAAACAAUGUCUAGAAAUAUUUCAGAAGACAUGUCCCGAUAUGUUCUUCUUUCCGAAUACUCCAAUGUUUCUUGGUGAGAUUUAUCUUGCAUAUAGAAAAGACGAAUUAUUACCGUAUCCGCUAGGAUUUCUUAAAAUACAUUAUAUAUGUUAUAACAGUUCUCGUUAUGAUGAAUAUUUUAUUCGUUACCGAAUGGUACUAUUCAAAAACAAAAAGUGUUUUCGUUUUGCACCGAUUACGAAUCUUUUCCCUACAUUUUCAUUGCCAGGUGUAUAUAAUUCUUUUAUGGGUGGGAUUAUCAAUGAACUGAAAAGAUACACCUUACUUUUUGAUUACAAUCGUGCACUCUGUAAUAGAUCACAAAUGUAUCAAUGUCAGAAUUCGUCUAAAUGUAUUUCAGAAUAUCGUAUCUUGGAUUCCGAAGCUAAUUGUCCUUAUCAAGAUGAUGAAAGACUUACUCUUUUGGAACAUAUCGGUUCGACUGAAGUUCGAAAACAACGUUAUAAAUGUGAAAUUUAUAACAUCUAUAUUAGUUUGGUAAAUGUUGGUGAUGGUUUCUGCAAUUGUAGAAUUACCGGUACUGACUGGUGUGAAGAUGAAGAUUUGUUGAUACUUCAUGCGGUAAAGAAUAUUUCAUUUCAAUAUAUCUGUGAUAGUUUUACGAAUAUGAUUCCAAUCAUUGUCGAAGGAAAGAACAACACAGAUGAAACAGAAUGCGAACAAUGGUCGUGUAAUAAUAUUUAUACUCAUUGUGAUGGUGUAUGGAACUGUCCGAGAGGUGAAGAUGAAUUCGAUUGUGAUUUAUCUUCAAAAUUAAAUUGUUCUUCAGAUCAUCACUUAUGUGUCUCACCUGAUAUAAUAGAACUCACAUGUUUACCUGUUGAGAAAGGAAAUGAUGGUAAUAUUGACUGUCUAGGUGCCACUGACGAGCCAAUGUUAUGUAGGCAAAUUGGUUACAUGAUGUAUCUGGGUGAGUUUUACUGUCUUGUCAAAGGUCAAGCACUAUGCAUUUCUUCUGAUUUGCUAUGCGAUGAUCACAUUCUUUGUGAUCAUGCAGAAGACGAGCGAUUUUGUACAUCACGGCACAAUUCUUCUCAAAUUUCUGGUACUUCUCACUCGAACUAUUCACCUCUAAAUUCUGAUGCUGAAAAAUUUUUGUAUAAAGCAGCAAAGCGAAAACCGAAACGACCAACCAAGUAUUUUUCAUUAGUUGGUAUGCCUAAAGCUGCAAAUAAUAAAACAAAGGGUAUAUCGGAUGCGAUGACACGAAGAAUAUUUCAACUUCAUCAAAAUAAUUGUCAUCGUGGUUUUCCUGUAUAUACUUGGUUGAACAGCAAAAACUUCUCAAAAAAUGAAACGUGUUUUUGUCCACCCAAUUAUUAUGGUGAUCAAUGUCAAUAUGAAAAUCAACGAGUAAGUUUAACCAUUCAAUUUCGAGCAUUAUCCGAUUCUUGGUCAACAUUAUUUGCAAUAAUUAUUUUACUUAUUGAUGAUAGUGACGAAAGAAUAAUUCAUUCAUAUGAACAAUUCACUUAUUUGUCAACGAGAGAUUGUAAAACCAAAUUUAAUAGUUAUUUACUUUACUCAACUCAUCCAAAAAACCACACAAAAAAUUAUGCGAUACAUAUUGAUAUCUACGAAAAAGUUACAUUAAUCUAUCGAGGAAGUUUAUUGUAUCCAGUAACAUUUUCAUUUCUACCUGUUAACCGUCUAGUCCAUAUAGGUAUUAUUCCACGAUCUACUGAAAACUUUGAGACUUGUUCAAUGCCUCAAUGUGUUCAUGGUAAAUGUAUCAGAUAUUCGAAUAAUCCACAAAAUGCUGUUUUUUGUCAAUGUAAUCAAGGAUGGUCCGGAAGAUAUUGUACAACUCCACAUACUUCUAUAUGUUCUCCUGAUUCAAAAUCUAUUGAUUUAUCUGUUUACAAUCGAUCUGUAUGUGUUUGUCCUAUUAAUAAAUUUGGUUAUAGAUGUCUUCUACCUGAUACAAUUUGUCAAAUGAACAAUAGUUUAACAUGUUACAAUGGCGGUCAAUGCAUUCCUAAUGAUGAAUAUGUAAUAUCGAAUCAUACAUUUACAUGUAUUUGUCCCAAAGGUUAUAUUGGUGAUCAAUGUGAAAUAGGUGAAAACAAAAUAAUUUUGUCAUUUGGAAAGAAAAUUGCUUUAUCUCAAUCGAUAUUUAUUCAUUUCCUACAAGUUAUUGAUGAUCUCAAACCAUUAAGAAUGACUACUUUUCGCACGAUUUCUCUUGUUGAAAAUUCAAUUACAAUUUAUUGGUCACAACCAUUCCAUCUUAUGUUUAUUGAAUUCUUCAAGAGCAAUUAUUAUUUAAUUGUUACUGAGACAAAUUUUCAACAAUCAAUAACAACAAAAAAAAUGGUAAAUCCAUCAGAUCUUUGUCAAUAUAUAAGUGAAUUAUUUAAUGAAACAUUUGUUAAAAUGCAUCCUAUUCGUCGUAUCAAAUAUUAUCAUUUACCAUGUCGAAGAAAUUUAUCAGAUCUUUCUUGUUUUUACGAUGAUCAACGUAUUUGUUUCUGUUAUGAUUUUAAAAAAGAACGUUUAGCAAAUUGUUUUGAUUUUGAUCACAAUAUGACAUCUGAUUGUUUAGGUAAAAGUGUUUGUAAAAACGAAGGUAAAUGUUUUCAAGAUAGUCCAGAUUGUCCAAGAAGGUCAAUGUGCAUUUGUCCAGACUGUUUUUAUGGAGCACGAUGUCAAUUUAGUUCAAAUGGUUUUGGUUUAUCACUUGAUGCUCUUUUAGGUUAUCAUAUUCAACCAAAUAUUANGACCUCGUAA